CUAUUGUUAUUUCCAUUGGUGGGUCCAUAACAAAGAACCCAAAAAUAAAAUCAACUGAAAAAAAAAACCCCUUUUUUUGUUUGUGUGUGUGAUGGUAAGAAGAUGAAGAAAUCAACAAUGGAUUUGUGAUUCGAAGCACAAAAUUACUUUGUUUUGAUUUGAAUUCAUCACCACACUCUUGUUCAUUCUUGUUCUUUCAGUUUUGUUCUUUUCAUUUCAACACAAUGAUGUCCCCAAAUCAUUUAUCAGAUGAUCGAGGGUCACCUCCUCAUCAUUUCAGACAUACACCGUUGCAGAUAAUUCAUGUUGUUGCGAAUUUCUUGAGGAUAUGGUCAAUAUACUCCAUGUUCCGCUACUUAUCACAGACCGGAGCUUCAGUUGUUCUUUUUCUUUUUGCUUGUCUAGCUCCUGCAGCUGUCCUAUUUUUGAUUUUGCAAAAGCCUUGGAAGGGAAGGCCACUUUCUAAUGCACAGGUUGUGCCUUCUAUAAUAAACGGUUUUAUAACAGCACUGUAUCUUGUCUUGUGGGGAAAGGGACUAAAAUCAUGCGGACCAGUUAGAGCGAUAUUGGGUGAGUAUUCUGGUGCUGUCCUUGGAGUACUGUCUGGAGUGUUGUAUGGGAGGAGAAGUAAUCUGUGGAAAAAGAUAGGUGGCCUAUUUGCCAUGUGCGCAUCAUUUUACCUGCUAUCUGAAGGAUGGGCCACAGCGUCAUAUUCUCCGUUUGCAUGGGAAGAUAGAGAUGAAACUGAGGCUCAUACAGAACAAAGUUUGGGCUUGAAGCAAAUGUUGAUUCCUAUUAUUGCUGGUAUCCUAUCUGCCCUUAGAAGAGUAAUUGCAAGGCGCGUUUCAAUCAAGAAUCAACUUAAAAGGCGACUCCAUGCUUUAACCAUUGGUUCUGCGACGUGUUUCAUGUUUCCUAUUGCCAUGUGGGACGUAAUCAUAGGAGCACCUUCCGAAAACAAUGGGAAAUUACCGUUCUCGGCUUGGGCCUUCUUGAGCACUAUUCUCUUUGGAAAUAUUGUGAUAUUCUAUGCUGACAGUAUUGCAGAGGAGAGAUUGCACAUGGUUUUCUCCUCACCGAGGCAUCUGAUGGCGGCUAGUGCAUGCAUCAUCGUCAUGGAGAUUGCGUACAAGAAUGAUUUUUCUCUUGCAGGCUUCGUGAUUUGCAGCUUAAUAUUAGGUUUUGGGAUAUAUGAAGCAACAUCAUUGGAGCACAAUAGAAAAGAUUCUAUCCGAAACUCAGAUUUAUCGAGUGGAGAAUUCGAUAGUCCAGUCCAGAUGUCAUCACUACCUACUUAAAGACUUUAUCGGAGCAUCAAAUGGAUUCUAUCAACAUACAAAUCCCCUUGCUAUAUCAUGAGUUACACUUUGAACAUUGGCGAUUUCAUUUGCGUGCUACUAGUUGCAAAAAAAAAAAACUGUUAUCUGCUGUGAAGAUUUAUCCACGACUUUCAGGGACAUCCGGUGGUGAAAUUUUUGUCGACCGAAAUUAUUUCUAAUUGAUCUGAUCUUUAGGGAGGUUGAACUGCAUGCAAGUUUAGCCUACAAAGUUGAUUAUUAUUUGUCUUGUACAGGAUCAUUAGUUAAUCUAGCAGUUCCUCUAGUGUAGUUUAGAAGAAAGUAUCUGAUUACAAAAGAAAACAUCAUUAUUCAUAUCAUCAUGAUCCUGGUAGAAGUUCUUUAAAUCUUUACAUUAGCUUACUAUACAUUUUAAUGAAAAUAUUGAAUGCCAAAGAGUUGAUUAUUC